AUGUCUAUGAGCAUGGAAACUGCAGCCAGACUUCCCGCGCGAAGCCUCAAUGGCUGCUGGACUUGUCGAGCUCGUAAGAAGAAAUGUGACGAAAAUCGUCCAUCGUGUGGGCCGUGCAUUUAUUUUGGACUGGAGUGUCACGGGUACGGUCCUAGGCCCGUGUGGAUGGAUAACGGAAGAUUGCAGAAGGAGCAAGCUUCAAAAUUCAAGCAUAUUGUCAGUCAGAGGAAAUCGAAAAAUAGAGGCGAAAGGCCGCCCCGGACAGAUCAACUGUCGCAAGGCCUUAACCGAGGGCUGCAUGCAAGGUCGACCGAAGACGCUACAUCGCACCCGGCUACGUCGCCCACUUCCGUUCGCCCAUUACUUAACGAGCGGAAUGGCGCCUUAGCUCACGAUGAGCUGUUUGAUAUGUUUCUGAGUUCUUUUGUCGACGCGGCAUGGAGUGGCCCGUCUCACGACGACACCCUAACCACAGAACCCCCGUCCUACGCCCAUCCAGAAGCACCUGUCCCUGUACCCGCACUCUUCAAGAAUAUAGAAUCCGGGCCGGAUUCAUCGUCGCCCGGCUCUUCAGAAGGGACACUGUGGAUGCCGCAUAACGAGUUGGGUGUGCGGGAGCCUAAUACUGUGCCGGGUGAUGUCGUGCUCCAAGAAGACAUUAGAUUUGCCACGAAUGGAAGAACCCUUUCCGACGUAGACGAGUUAACCUGGAGCACCUCUCAAAAUACUAACACCUUUCCCAAGGACGCUGUUUUUAACGACUAUAUGGCUUUGAAACCUCCAACUCAAAAGCGCGCCGUGGCGCCUCACUGUCAUGGGCAGUCGAUCCACUGGGCAGUUGCUCCCCGCGAGUCGCCCCAAAGUGGAGGAGCAGAGGAUGCGUUGUUUAUGCACUACCUGGACCGGGUGUUCUAUAUUCAGUUUCCUUUCUACCUCUCCCGUGAUCGGCGGGGAAGAGGGUGGUUGUUCUCCAUCCUCCGGCGAGUCAAGCCAGCGUACUAUGCAACCCUGGCUCUAAGUGAGCGUGAUCUUCUCUCGACGCAUCCCCAAAAUACCGAUAUCCCCAGUAGCCUUGCUCGACUGCGCUCCACCGACGGCUACUACUAUUUGGCCGCCCAAGGCACACAACGUAUCAUAGAAGGCUCGUACUCCUGGAAUGGAUGUAGCCAUCUAGCUCACAAUCUGGAGGGCCUCACAUCGAUCCUCCAGCUUUUGUUCUGGGAGCUUUUCGCGGGUGGUACAAGAAACUGGCAGCCGCUUCUUCGGGCGGCCGCUGGCUUGAUUCCCGAGCUUGUACAGGCACGGAUGUCCCUUGCCGGUGCUGAUGCGAACUAUGCGAACGAUCAGCAAUAUAGGAGGACUCUCUCGCCCGAAGAUGAUUGUGCGACCAACGUGUUGCUUGGUUCCUUUAUAUCAUUUGACAUUAUUUCCUCCGCUUCUACGCGGAGGACUCCUUUCUUGGACAUUGACCACGGACAGGCGCUAAGCAACCUCGGCAUAUCUUUAGAAAGCAUUACGGGAUGCCGGAACGCAAUCAUGGCGCUAAUUUAUGAGAUUUCGGCAUUAGACCGAUGGAAGGAAGAGUCCCAGGCCGCCCACAGGCUAAGCAUAAUCGAUCUAGCGGAGCGUGGGCGCCAAAUCGAGGAGCGUCUUCGGCAGGAACUGGCGGACAUGGAUGAUAUGCCGUUGACAGGGCCAUCGCUAUGGAAUCACUCAGGAAUUCAAACCGCACCCUCUAAUCACGAGAUCAGCAAACUUUUUGCUCUCUCAGCCGUUAUCUACCUCCAUGUUGUUAUUUCGGGUGCACAUCCCGAGCUGCCCGAAAUCGCCGAAGCCGUCUCUCAAACAGUCGUCGUUUUCAAAGGCCUCCGGGAUCGGAGACUGCUGCAAAGUAUACUAGUUUGGCCAUUCUGUAUUUCGGGCUGCUUGGCGGUAGGAGAACAACAGAGUUUCUUUCGUGACCUUUUCUCUGCCGCAGGGAUUAAAGAGUCGACCAUCGGAACGUGUUUCGAGGCGUUUCAGAUCAUGGAGGAAUGUUGGGAGGCCAGAAAGACUCGUUCGUACAAUUGUGACUGGGUGUCCAUCAUGAAGCAACGAGGCCUGCUUCGAAUGGGAUUCUGCGAUGGAUUCUAUCACCUCGAGGUCCGUGUUAAAAACUCGGGCAUAGACUACAACGUCCUAGACCUCGCCGAGUACCAUGCCCGCGUCAAAAGGGCCCCUCUUCCUGGUUGA